UAGUAGGUAGUACUCAUAUGAGUAGAUUACAUGUGUGUUAACCUAAAAUUUAGAUGAACGUCAUCUCUACACUGACUGCUUAACCUUUUUCUAAAGGAAACAAGCCGCACUAGUAGAAUAAUAAGACUUUGGGAUAGAAUAUUUUGAUAUUUUACUAUGGCGACUGUUGAGAGAAAAGGAACUUUCAAGGUGGAAUACUUACAAAAAAUCGAAAAAGAAGUGCAAGAACGAUGGGCAGCAGAAAAAAUAUACGAACAAGAUGCCCCAAAGGAGCCACGAAAGUCUCCUGAUGAGAAGUUCCUCUGUACCUUUCCUUAUCCUUAUAUGAAUGGAAGGUUGCAUUUGGGGCACACCUUUUCUCUCAGUAAAUGUGAAUUUUCAGUUAGGUAUCAGGUACUUAAAGGCAAGAAAGGAUUGUUUCCAUUUGGAUUUCAUUGUACAGGAAUGCCCAUAAAAGCAUGUGCUGAUAAAUUAAAGAGAGAAAUGGAGUUGUACGGUAAUCCUCCUCAAUUUCCUGAGGAAGAAGAUGAAGUGGAAGUUGUGAAGGAAGAUAUUAUUCCUAAAGAUAAAAGCAAAGGAAAAAAGAGUAAAGCAGUUGCUAAAGCAGGUUCCUCCAAAUUUCAAUGGAAUAUAAUGAAAUCACUUGGCCUCAAAGAUGAGGAAAUAGUCAAGUUUUCAGAUGCUGACUAUUGGAUUCAAUAUUUUCCUCCAUUAGCUGUACAAGAUUUGAACCGGAUUGGUUUAUAUGUUGACUGGAGAAGAACAUUCGUAACAACUGAUGCUAAUCCUUUUUAUGAUUCUUUUGUCAGAUGGCAAUUCAUUAGGCUCAAAGAACGUAACAAGAUACAGUUUGGUAAAAGGUAUACAAUAUAUUCGCCAAAAGAUGGACAACCUUGUAUGGAUCAUGACAGAUCGACAGGAGAAGGAGUAGCUCCCCAAGAGUACACACUAAUCAAAAUGAAAAUAUGUAAAAUUGAUUCACCUAAAUUGAGAGAUUUGAUGAAAGAAAAGUCCAUUUUCUUAGUUUGUGCCACUCUUAGACCAGAGACCAUGUAUGGCCAGACCAAUUGUUGGUUACAUCCAGAUAUGAGUUAUGUCGCCUUUGAAUGUAAAAACGGAGAAGUUUUUAUUUGUACCGAGAGGGCUGCCAGAAAUAUGAGCUACCAAGGUUUCACUGCUGUCGAAGGAAAGUACGAUGUUCUAUUGAGAUUAACUGGACAGGAUCUUCUUGGAUGUUGUCUCAAGACACCCUUAACUAGUUACGAAUACGUUUAUGCUCUACCUAUGUUGACCAUCAAAGCAGAUAAAGGGACGGGUAUAGUUACUAGUGUUCCUUCCGAUUCACCUGAUGAUUAUGCUGCUCUGAUCGAUCUGAAGAAGAAACAACCUCUGCGGGAGAAAUAUGGAAUUUCAUUCGAAAUGGUUCUGCCUUAUCAACCCAUCUCCAUCCUUAAUAUUCCUGGUAUUGGAAAUAUGGCCGCUCAGACACUUUAUGAACAAUUAAAAAUUCAGAGCCAAAAUGAUAAAGAAAAGCUCCUGGAAGCCAAAGAAAUGGUUUACUUGAAAGGGUUUUAUGAGGGUGUCUUACUUGUGGGAAAAUACAAAGGCAACAAAAUCCAAGAUGUUAAAAAGAAAAUCCAAGCCGAGCUUAUCGCUUCUAAUGAAGCUGUUAUUUAUUACGAACCCGAAAAAACCAUAAUUUCAAGAUCGGGAGAUGAGUGUGUUGUGGCUCUUUGCGACCAGUGGUACCUGGAUUACGGAGAGGAAACUUGGAAAGCUCAAGCCGAAAAGUCAUUAUCUAUGAUAAAUACUUUUCAUGAAGAAGUACGCAAAAAUUUUGUUGCUAGUUUGAACUGGUUACGUGAACAUGCUUGUUCGAGAACUUAUGGACUUGGCACAAAGUUGCCAUGGGAUGAAAAAUGGUUGAUAGAAUCCCUUUCUGAUUCUACAAUUUACAUGGCCUAUUAUACAAUUGCACAUUUACUGCAGGGAAAUUCUUUUAGAGGCGACAAAGUUAAUGCCCUUGGUAUAACUGCGGAUCAAUUGACUCCUGAAGUUUGGGACUAUGUUUUCUUCAAAGAUGCACCUCUACCAAAAACAUCGAUAAAGAAACAAGCCCUCGAUAGGAUGAAACAAGAGUUUGAGUAUUGGUACCCUGUAGAUUUGAGAGUAUCCGGCAAAGAUCUCAUUCAAAAUCACCUUACGUAUUUCAUUUACAAUCAUUGUGCUAUAUGGGAAAAUGAUGAAUCGAAAUGGCCCCAAGGUAUCCGGGCUAAUGGACAUCUAAUGUUGAAUUCGGCAAAAAUGUCAAAGUCGGAUGGAAAUUUCUUGACACUCAGUGAGGCUGUUGAUAAAUUCAGUGCAGAUGGAAUGAGGUUAUGUUUAGCGGAUGCUGGUGAUUCCGUUGAAGACGCCAAUUUUGUCGAAUCCACUGCUGAUGCCGCUAUUUUGAGGUUAUACACUUUCAUUGAGUGGGUGAAAGAAAUUCUGAACAAUAAGGCAUCCUUGAGAACCGGAUCAACAAACACUUUCAAUGAUGAAGUGUUCACAAGCGAAAUGAAUAAGAAAAUCAAUGAAAGUGCAGAGUUUUACGAAAAAAUGUUAUUUAAAGAAGCAUUGAAAUCUGGCUUCUUCGAAUUACAAGCAGCUAGGGACAAAUAUAGGGAGCUGUGUUUGAACGGAAUGCAUUUAGACCUUAUCCUUAGGUUUAUUGAAGUUCAAGCCUUGUUGCUAUCUCCUAUUUGUCCUCAUGUGGCAGAACAUGUUUGGAGCUUAUUAGGAAAGAAAACGAGCAUUGUCAAAGCUGCGUGGCCUGAAGCAGGACCGAUCAAUGAAAUACAAAUUAAAUCAUCUCAGUAUCUCAUGGACACUGCCCAUUCUCUUCGUUUGCAUCUUAAAACUUAUCUCCAAGGUACGAAAACAAAGGGUAAGCAGAAUCCGGAACCAGUACCUAAACCAGAUGUUGCCGAAUUGUGGGUGGCCAAAGUUUAUCCCCAAUGGCAGAGUAUCAUAUUAGAUACAAUGAAAAAAAUGUUUGAGGAAAAAAAGGAACUGCCCGAUAAUAAAUCAUUAUCUGUGGAAUUCGCGAAAAAAGAGGAAUUGAAGAAAUACAUGAAGAGAGUUAUGCCUUUUGUGCAAACUACAAGAGAGAAAUUGCAAAAAUUAGGCCCUAUUGCACUAGCCAAAACCUUGGAAUUUGAUGAAGCUGAAGUAUUAAGGAAUAACAGCUCUUACUUGGCCAAUACUUUAGAUGUUGAUGAAAUAAUAGUUAAAUUCACCGAUGAUCCAUCGGCAACAGAUAAAAUGAAGGAAUGCUGCCCAGGAAGUCCGUUUGUUGUUUUUUCAAGCAAACCAGGGGUGAAAAUAGAAUUUGUUAAUCCUAUUCCCUCUUCAGGUUUAUUUAGUUUGAAGUUGCCUAUUUUAGAUGGAGAUUCCUUAAAUGAUGUAACCCAGAGGUUGUCCAAAACUGUGAAGAAAAUAAAGGAUCCUGAGGCUGUAGCUAUAUGGAGAUAUCAAGAUCCAGUAUUAGGACCUUUGAAAAUUCCGGUUUAUGACCAACCAACAAAGGAUAAGGUUUUGAUUGAAAAGGGUAGUACUUUUAAGGUUGAUGUGAAAACCCGCAAAGUAGUUCUUGUCAGUAAGGGAGAAGAGUUUGAUCUAGGAAAUAAAGUUGCAUAUUUAUUAUGUUGAUUUGUAACAUUUAUUUAUUUAUUCAAUAAACAAUUUUCAGUACAA